AGGAUCAGUGCGCGCAAGACGAGGACAUAAGAUACGAAGGCGUCUUAAAUAUUAGACUUUACGAACCUUUCUUGACAUCUAAAUAAUGGCUACUGCAAUGAAGUCGCCUGCUAGCUCCUCUUCUCAAACUCCAGAGCAAUCCCGCAGUCGUUUCGAGGGGAUUUCUCCCACUAGAAUAACUCGAAAUCAGGAGAAGUUGGAGCUCCAACAUUUGAACGACCGUUUGGCUACCUACAUCGAUCGAAUGAGGAAUUUGGAAGAGCAAAAUAGCAUGCUCAGGUCUGAAGUGACUACGACUAAAGAGACUGUUGAAAAAGAAGUCGACAACGUUAAGAGUAUGUAUGAAGCUGAGCUAGCAGAUGCUAGAAGAUUGCUAGACGAGACUGCUAAAGACAAAGCAAAGCAGCAAAUAGACAGCAGCAAGAACUCUGCGCUUGCCACCGAAUACAAAGCAAAGUAUGAGAAAGAAAGUGCAGCCAGAAAAAAGGCAGACAAAGAACUCAAUGACCUCAAGAAGCAGCUUGCAGACAAAGAAAACCAGCUCUCCAAAGUGAACACUGAAGCAAGGAAUCUGGAAGAGGUAAUGCGUGAACUGCAGAGUGAGUGCCAAGAGUUGAAGGAUGCUCUAGAGUCAGCAAAAUAUGCAUUGGAGCAGGAGACCCUCAGCAGAGUCGACCUUGAAAACAAGCUUCAGUCUUUGAAAGAGGAAUUGAUUUUCAAGAAGUCUGUUUAUGAUAAGGAAUUGACAGAGAUAAGGUCUCAGCUAAAGACAGUUGAAACCAAGAGGACCGUCAUUGAAACAGACUACGAAAAUAAGUAUGAAAGUGUAUUGAUGGAGAAAUUACAGGAGUUGAGAGAAGACUAUGAUCUUGAAGGACACAAGUUCAAAGAAGAAACGGAGCUGUUGUAUAGCUCAAAGUAUGAGGAACUGAAAGCUCAACAGGAAAAAGAUAGCAGCAUCAUUGCCAAACUGAGGGAAGAAAACAGAGAUUUAUCAAGUUUAGUUGACACUCUGAGAUCUGAUCUUAAUCAGGAACUAGCCAAGAGCAAAGCUCUGAGUCAGAGAGUAUCAGACCUACAUGAUCUUCGUUCUCAAGACAAGAAGAAGGCUGAUGAAGCCAUUGUGCUAAGAGAGACUGAGAUAACUGAGUUGAGAACUAACAUUGAUGAAGCACUCAAGGAUUAUGAGGAUUUGAUGGGAGUUAAAGUAGCCUUGGAUAUGGAGAUUGCAGCAUACAGAAAACUGCUUGAAGGAGAGGAAUACAGGUUGAAUAUAACUCCUCCAUCUUCACCAGUAUUUGGUGGAACACCAGGAUCUGGUAGAUCAAGAAGGGGAGCCAAGAGAGCAAGAACAGAAGAAACAGAAUCUACCAUAACAACAACCACCACAGCAGAAGGUGCUAUUCAGAUUAUUGAAUCUGACCCAGAAGGGAAGUUUAUUAAGCUUUUCAACAGCGGUGAUAAGGAUGAACCUCUAGGUGGCUGGACUAUUCAAAGACAAGUGGGCAAAGAAGACCCAGUAGUCUAUAAGUUUACCCCCAAAUAUGUUUUAAAGGGUAAUAGUUAUGUGACAGUAUACGCAUCUCAAGGAGGUGGUCAUCACAAGCCACCUGCAGAACUAGUCUUCAAACAGCAGGAGUCAUGGGGCUCUGGAAAUGAAGUGCGGACAGCAUUGAUAAAUGCUGGUGGAGAGGAGUUGGCAACUCUCACUGAAGAGAAAGUAUUUGAACAGUAUUGUAAAGAUACUAUUGAUGGUCAACGAAGGAAGAGAGAGGGUGAGCUCAACAAGGGCUGCUCACUUAUGUAAAAGUACACAAAGUAAAAAUUUUGUAAAGAUACUUAGUUGAAAUGGAGAAGCUAUUGAACAAUAUUCUCCUGGUUAAAGUAGCCUUAAAAGGAGACCCUAGUUUAUCAGUGCACUCAACGUUAUAGGAAGCAUCUGAAAAAAGCAUCAUUAAUAUUGACCAAAAAACCCACAAAUCCCUUUCCCCUUAAAAAGGUAAAACAGAAGUGAAUCUGUUUGAUUACCAAACUGUUGUCAAUGGCAACCAACCAAUUUUAUCAAUUUUACAGAGAAUUAUCUUAGUCUCAAAGCAGAAAUCUCUCGUCAUUCACCUCAUAGAAAUUCUAGGAUUUACGACUUUUUGAUGUCAAUAUUGUCCCUGAUUUUCCUUUUUGUACAUAAGUGCAUAUUACUGGGUUUUAUCCCCAAAAAAUUUUGAUUUAUGAUUAGAUUUUUUUGUGAUAUUAAUAUAUCAUUAUUACUAGUUUUGGGCUGCUCUCUGCAGUUUAUUUUCCGUUGUCAUUUUAUUAGAAAUAUUUAUUAUAUUAUACUGCUUUCGUUAAGUAGAUUUUCCAAUGUAUAUGAACAAGGUUUUUGCUUGAUCAUGUUAUCAAUUCUUGCAUAGCUUCAUGUCAUAAGACUAAAAAAAUCUUUAACUAGAAAUAUCUAUUUGUAACAUUGUAGUAUUUAGCAAACAAAGCAUAU